CUGAUCGCGCAGCACAGGUGCAGGCCGCGCGAGUGCGAGCUCAUGCGCUUUGCGCGCGAGCCCGUCGAUAUGGUCGACCCGCUGCUACGCGAGCCGCGCUGGCGCAUGGGCCCGCAAAGCGACGACUGCGAAGGCGAGAGGCGCAACGACGGCUACUCCGACGAAGACGACAGCGACGGAGACGACGAA